CGUUGUUUCCAAGAGCCGGUGUCUGACGGAGGCAUUUGCUCUACUCACCCGGUCUUCUCUGUUUAUAUCGCUAACUGUUUACAAAACAUUGUGCGGGGAGCAUCAGUGAUCGCUUCUAUCCGGAUGAGAGGAUUCUUACCGCGUUUUUGUUCCUGCCAAGUGGACUUUAAGCUCUAUGCCGGAGACGGAAGAGUCGCAUUAACGGGAUAAAACAAAUUGCUGUUCUGAACCAAAACAAGAAGGCAGAAGAAGACGUCGCUCGCCUGUGGUGGAUAUCUUUAAAGGAAUGCUGCUGUCCAAGCUCAAUUCUCUGGCCCACAUCUCCACCGUAGACAUGCCGGCGAAAAUCCAGCUCCAAGUUCAUCAAGUGAAGGAGAGGGAGCCUUUCGAGAAGCUGUAUCAGGUCGGCGCGGUGCUGGGCAGCGGCGGCUUCGGCACCGUGUACUCCGGUACGAGGAUAGCCGACGGGGCUCCGGUUGCUGUCAAGCAUGUGGCCAAGGACAGAGUCUCCGAGUGGGGAGAGCUGCCUAAUGGCUCCCGGGUCCCUAUGGAGAUUGUGCUGUUGAAGAAAGUCGGGACUGGUUUCCGCGGCGUUAUCAAAAUGCUGGACUGGUUCGAGCGACCGGACAGCUUCAUCAUCGUGAUGGAGAGGCCCGAAAACGUCAAAGACCUGUUCGACUUCAUCACGGAGAAAGGUGCCUUACCGGAGGAGCUGGCGCGCAGCUUUUUCCGCCAGGUGCUGGAGGCGGUGCGGCACUGCCACAACUGCGGCGUGGUGCACCGGGACAUCAAAGACGAGAACAUCCUCAUCGACCUCCGCACCGGAGAGAUGAAGCUCAUCGACUUUGGAUCUGGAGCCCUGCUGAAAGACACCAUCUACACAGACUUUGAUGGCACAAGAGUCUACAGCCCGCCAGAGUGGAUCAAAUAUCAUCGCUAUCAUGGACGCUCUGCCACAGUGUGGUCCCUGGGUGUCCUGCUCUAUGACAUGGUGUGCGGGGACAUUCCAUUUGAACAUGACGAGGAGAUCACAAGGGGGCAGGUCCUCUUCCGGAGAAGAAUCUCCACAGAAUGCCAGCAGCUGAUCAAGUGGUGUCUGUCUCUGCGGCCAGCCGACCGUCCAUCCUUCGAGGACAUCAUCAAUCACUCGUGGAUGCAGAGCACAUCUUCCUCUUUAAUCCCAUCCACGGUGCAGACGGAGAAGACGACCACAGAGAUCAGGCUGCACAGCAUCAGCCACGAGCCCUCAGCCUUCACACCCACGCCUGUGGCUGUGGCGCAGUGAUGGAGGUUCAGGUCCGAACUGGACUGCACUGACUCAAGAGACUUAUGUAACAGACUUGAAGCAGAAAUGAGGCGAGGGCAGCGCACAGGCCGAUGAUCCUGACACAAGCAAGAGAAAGGUGUAAAGGACUAAACGCGGAGGAAACCGAUCACGUCUCGGUUUCUGGCAGGCUGGACCCUCUCCGCCCUCACCACCCCGACUACUUGAUUUCCCAGCCGUUGACCCACAUCAGCGUCAAAACAUCAUCCUCGCUGGAUCUAGAUAACGGGUGUUUAUCAGUCUGUAGGACAGCAUGCUCUGUAUGCACGGACACCUGCAAGUACAGUACAUGUGCUCACUAUUCUGCUCAGUGGCAAGCAGGACAGUCUGUGUUAUGUAACCUCUCGCUGCAGCGUACUCUGCUCCCUUCCCCGUGUUCUCUCUGUCACAGCAGAGCGGGGACAAGCAGAGGCCUCGGCGACGAGGAGUUGUCAAAAAAAGUGCCUUCUGUGAGAUUGUUGGGGGGACCCUGAAAAUACUUGAAUUUGUGAAAGCAGAAAAGGCUCUUCUUCUCAAAGACCUUUUGUUUUUGCUCCUUACUCUGUACAAGGCUUUAUAUUGUUCGUUGCUGUUUUUCUUUUCCUCUCAUGGGCCUAGAUCAGUAAAGCCUAUGCCAUUAUACAACCA